UUUUUUUUUUUUUUUUUCUUGAACGUUUUUAAUCGAGAUCCUUCCCUAUACCAUACUUCUCUUUUUAAUCCUCUAUACCGUUUUAUAAUAACGCCUAAUCUUCAUCACCAUGUCUGCUGAGCCCCAGAAGACCGUCGAGGAGACCCCCGCGGCUGCUCCUGCCACCGAGACCACUCCUGCGCCUGCUGAGUCGACUCCCGCUACCGAGACCCCUGCGCAGCCCGAAGCUCCCAAGGAGGAGACCCCUCAGGAGAACACCGAGGCUGCUGCUGCCCCGGCUGCUGAGAGCGCCGACAAGCCCGCCGAAGAGCCCAAGGACGAGAACAAGAAGGAUGAGGUGACUCCUGCCAGCGAGGGCCAGCUCGGCUACAAGGCCCCUGGUCUGGUCAAGUCUCUCCGUUUCUCCAAGCGUUUCUUCUACUUCCAGGAUGACGCUGUCGAGGCUAAGCAGCUCGCUGUCUUCCACCAGCACGAGAAGCCCGCUGUUGCCAACCCUAUCGCCGCCUGGGCUAGCCAGACCGGUAAGGGUCUGUUCUUCCUCACUAAGCGCGCUGAGGACAAGGCCACCCCCGCUGGUAUCUUCGGCUUGGCCGAUGCCACCGACCUCACCAAGGAGGGUGCCACCGAGUUCCUCUUCAAGGUCAACGGUACCAAGCACACCUUCCAGGCCGGCAACGCUGCUGAGCGUGACAGCUGGGUCGCUGCUCUCGAGGCCAAGAUCGCCGACGCCAAGUCUGAGAAGGAGGUUAUCACCGGCAGCGAGGGUUACAAGGCUGAGCUUGAGAAGCUGAACAAGCCCGCUGGCGCUGAGGCCGCUAAGAAGCCCACUGAGAACAAGGAAGAGGCUAAGGAAGAGUCCAAGGAGGAGGCCGCUCCUUCUGAGGAGAACGCCGAGAACAAGGAGAACAAGGACAAGUCCGCCAAGAGCCGCUCUCAGUCUCGCAAGCGCGCCAGCCUCUUCGGAUCCCUCCUCGGCAAGAAGGAGGAGACUGAGGAGAAGAAGGAAGAGAAGCCCGAGGAGGCCAAGGCUGAGGCCAACACCGAGGCUCCCGCUGAGUCUGCUCAGGCUACUGAGACUCCUGCUGAGGCUACUCCUGCUGCCGAGUCUGAGAACAAGGAGGAGAACAAGGCCGAGCAGAAGGAAGAGAACAAGGAAGAAAAGAAGGAAGAGCCCAAGGAGGAGAAGAAGGACGACAAGGAAGAGAAGAAGGACAAGAAGGCUGAGAAGUCCAAGCGCAGCUCCUUGUUCGGCAACUUCUUCCAGAAGGUCAGCAGCCCCUCUCAGGAGAAGACUGAGAAAGAGGCCGCCGCUCCCGCUGAGUCCUCGGUCGCCAGCACCGCUCCCCAGCUCGACAACCCUGUCGAGGGUGCUGCUGGCAAGCCCAUCGAGCCUGAGAGCGUGACCGCUCCCGCUGACGGUGAGGCCGCCAAGGACGCCUCUGCCGCCCAGUCUCCUGCCGAGACCCCCAAGGACAAGCGCCGCACCUCUUUCUUCGGUAACUUUGGUAAGAAGAAGGGUGACUCGUCCGACACUGAGGAUGCUGAGGGCAAGAAGGGCAACAAGCUUGGCGGUCUUUUCCGCAAGCCCAGCAAGGCCGUGAAGUUGGACAACCAGAAGGAGGAGACUCCUGCUGACUCCGAGGCCAAGGCUGAGGACAAGCCCGAGCCUGUCGCCAAGGACGCUCCCGCUGAGGAGAAGCCCGCUCAGGAGGAGGCUAAGCCCGCUGAGACCCCUGCUGAGGAGUCCAAGACCAACAACGUCACCUCUUCCACCCCCGUCCAGGCUGCCGCAUGAACUACCAGUCGUCCGAGGCGCAUCGUGGAAUACGAGCGAUGGUGGGAUCAACCCUACUUGCCCCUUAGUGCCUCGACCGUGAGUUGAAGUUUUUGCAUUCUACGAAGCUGUUUUGCAUAAUUUCGAAAAAUGAUCAAGAGUGAGAACGAGAAAAGAGCACAAAAAUCAGAAAAAAAGAGUUCAUGUUUGUUUGUUGGAUUUUUUUUUUUUUU